AUGGCGUCUUCAUCUAACGUUCUCGACGAGCUGUCGACACACCUGAAGAAAGUGGAUGGGGAUCCUACUACUGAGCUCGACACAGACUUAUUAGAACAGUGCGAAAUCCUCACCAACACCCCCGACUAUCGAAGCCAGAUCUGGAAGGAGACAAGACCGUUAUUUCUCCAGAUAGCAGCCUUGUUACCCAAACUCCAACAAGACCCUUCUCCCCUCAUACACUGCAUCAUCAAACUGGCUGGACCAUAUCGAUUCGAAGACAUCAAGGACAUCGACUUUGAGAUUGGACUUGACUUACAAGCCACGCCUUUCCAUAGCCUAAUUCUCACCUUGCUUGAAAAAGCGACUUUGAGUAGCAUCGAUGCACAAGCACUGGCGAAUCGGCCUGCAGUUAUAGCAUCUGUCGUCCGCCUUUGGCUAUGCACGCAAGAUGCUGGAGUAGCCACUCAAGCGGAAGAUCUCCUCACUUCGUUACUGAGUAUUUCCAGGAACGAACCGAUCUCCACAUCAGCUGGUGCACAUGUGCCGAUUUACACAUAUGGCACAGGCCCCAUGUGGCGACGGCUCUUUAGCGAUCGAGACAUUGGCUCACUUUACUACCACUACACAUCACUCAAGCAGCUCUCUGCACCACCCCUCCCGCUUCUUAACAAGCGUGACAAGACUAUCGCGCAGGCCAGGCUGCUCUCUUGGCUGCCUCGUGUUGGAGUAAUGGACUUUGAUACCAUCGUCUCAUCACACAAUCUAGAUGUUGAGCGUGAAGUCGGUGUCACUGAUGGACAGGGUCUUUUACAUUAUGCUGCAUUGAAGAUGGUCGACACUGAAGACGACAUGCUCAUGCACAUGACACUCAUCAACUUUUACAGCGAGCUAAUCACCAGGUUGAAGACGAAACCUCAAUUGACACAUUACGACUCAAGUCUUGCCUUGGACUUCUUGAAGGAGGAGGGUAUACACAAGGGCCUUGUCGAUUUCCACACCUCAGACAACCCAGGUCUGGAGCACACCUUUCUCAGUAGCCGAACAUCACAGUACAUCAGUGACUACGCCUCGACGUAUCCCGAAAACUUUGAAAGCAGCGCAGAAAUGCCGACGAUUCGAGACUAUGUGCACCGCAACAUUCGAAAAUGCGAGGCUACAAACCUCAACAUCAUCGCGUCCAUGCCUCGAUCGACUUUGAUUCCCCAGCGAUCCACAGGGUAUGCUUGGGACGAUUGCGUAUUACUCGACCUACCCAUCACACGCACGAACCCCGAUGCCCUAAAGACUCUCGCAACAGUCCUAGGCGGUCCGCCAAAGGAAGAAAUCACAUUCCCCAAGACCGAAGCCAUUGGCAGCGAUACCAAGCGCCGCACUACAGAAGCCAUCUUUGCCCGCCUCCUAACCGCCCUCUUCUACAGCAAGAAACCCACCAUGUUCACCGACAUGACAACACACAUGGAAACCCUCGCGAUGCAAGAAAACGCGCUCGCAGCCCUCUCUCUCGUCCGCGCCCUCAUCACCUCGACCUGGUCCACCGAGCCCCUCCCCACCCUUUCCACAAACGACUCCACCUACACCCGACUCACCAACUUCCCAAACACGGGCCUCGACGUCCUCCUCGAUCCGAGCAUCAGCGCUGGCGUCUUGCCCUCGUUGCUUAAGCCGGCGGCUUCCUUUUCGAGCCUGGUGGGCGGGCGCGGCGAUGCCGAGGAUGCGGCCUAUCAGGUUGCGGUGGCGAAGUUCGAGGUGUUGAAGGCGUUGGGAGGUAGGUUGGAGGAGGAGGGUGGUAGGUUGGAUGUUCUUGCUUUGGUUAGGCGGAGGGUGGGCGAGGGUGUUUGGGGGGCUGGUGGGACGGUGGGGAGUCGGAUUGGGACGUUGGAGUUGUGA